AUGCUUCGGAACGACCUGCGCCGGGGCUCCCCACAUCUCGUUCUUCUCACAGUCACGACGUCUCCCACAAAGCGUCGCAAAGUUUCUCCAGAGCCAGGUCGCAGCAGCCCAGGAGAGACACAACGUCACGGCCGCUCCGAUCGCCCAUUUCCCCCGUUGCCACCACGAAGCUCUUCAUCUACUUCGAAUCCUCGGAGCAAGAGCUUGUCCGUGUCACCUCCUCGCUACGUCCCCGCCCAUCUGCAGUCCCACGUCGCCGGGACUCGACUCCAGCCCGGUGUCCGCUCGCCCACCCCCGCGACCGCGACCGCCGGACUGACUCUCUCGAGCGAACACUCCGAGAUGCCCUCCGAACCGCAAGACGCCACCUCACCGACGAACGGUGAUGGCCGAUCCCCCUCCCCCGGUGCGAAGCGCCCAGCUUCAGAGAUCGCAGAUUCCGAGCCCGAAGGCGGCGUAAGUACAAUUCGUGACGAUGGCGCUUCGCCGAUGUCGAUCGAUGAGCAGGUCGCCCAAGUGAACGCCCUGAUGAUGCAACCGAUCGAGGACGGCCAGAAGGGCUACGUUCUAUCGUCCACCUGGCUGAAGACAGUUCUUGCCCGAAGCUCGACGCACAUGGACAAGGCGGAUAAGGAAUCACUCGAAGCCGAGCUGGGUCCUGUGGACAACAGCGACAUCGUCCUUGACACAGAUCCAGUGAAUAGCAACUUUAAGGACGAGAAAGGAGAGCCAUAUAUCCCGUUGCGCCCGGGGUUGCAGUAUGGCGAGGAUUACGAGAUUGUUCCGCAUGAGGCCUGGGACUUGAUCAUGAAGUGGUAUGGUCUUGCUAACCAGUCGCCUAUCAUCGUGCGUUAUGCCCACAACACCAAUCCUUACGGCGCCGAGAACAUCCUGUACGAGCUCAACCCUCCGGUCUUCACCAUCUUCAAGCUCUCCAACCCCUCUGGCGGAACUACACCUCAACUGCUGAAGGAGAAGAGCCUCCCACCUGUCAAAGCGCUGGCUGGCCGGCAAACCAAUUACCAGAAGUGGUUGCGGCAGGCCAAGGAGUUGGCCGGCAUUGAGAUGUCAACAAAGGUCCGUGUGUGGAAGAUUAUUGGUGGUCUCCCAAGUGUCAACCCGUCUACCUCAACUACCCCAGCUGUUUCACGCACUGCCUCUCCUGCGCCUUCCUCUGCCCUAAUUUCUGCCUCAAGCCGGAACUUGCUGGUCGACCUGAACACAUUCCUGUCUUUGAAUGAGGGUAGCCAACGCGAGUUGCUCGAGGCCAAGGACCAGACAAGCAACCCCAAUUAUAACGGCAAGAUGUCUCUCACUAUGGCCGGCUUAGUGGGUACAGAUGUCGUUGUCCUUGAGGAACAGGUAGGUGGAUCGAAGGGUGGAGAAUGGGUUUCCGAAGCUUCAACUCAGACCCUCAAGCGGCUUGGAAUUCCCAUCAAUAAGCCGAAGGAGAAGAUCACUGCAAUUGUAACCAAGAGCCCGGCGACCAGUGGCCGAUCAAGCCCAGAUCGGGAACAGUCCCUCUUUGGCAAGAAACCCCACGGCCAUCGCCUUGGACUCACUGGUCUGUCGAACCUUGGAAACACUUGCUAUCAAAAUGCGGCGACGCAAUGUGUCCGGAGCGUUGAAGAAUUAACUUACUACUUCCUGGCGAAUGCACACAAGAGGGAUCUGAACCCGUCGAAUCCCCUUGGAUUCCAGGGACAGCUCGCAAAGUCGUACGGCGGGCUCCUGCAGGGCAUUUAUCGUGAUCCACCUCCAUCGUCCUUCAAUCCCUCAAAGUUUCGCAACCAGGUCGGCCGAAACAACCCCACCAUGGCAGGCUGGGAUCAGCAAGAUAGUCAGGAAUUCCUGAUGUUCCUCCUUGAUGGUCUCUCCGAAGACCUGAACCGCAUCUUGAAGAAGCCAUUUAUUGAGCGGCCGGAUUCGACAGAUGAAAUGCUCCAUGAUCGCAAGGCACUCGAAGACUUUGCCAUACGAUCAUGGGAUAUAUACAAAGCCCGCAAUGACAGUGUCAUCACCGAUUUGUUUGCUGGCAUGUACAAGUCGACCCUCGUUUGCCCCGCGUGUGACAAGGUCAGCAUUAUCUUUGAUCCUUUCAGCAGUUUGACCUUGCCUAUUCCUCAGUCCAAGGUUGCCUACAAAGAAAUCAUUCAUCAGCAACUGGACAAGCCUCCAAAGAGGUUCAUGGUUGAAUAUGACAAGUCCGACACAAUCGGCGCCUUCAAGUCGGCCGUGGCCGCCAAGCUGAAUAUCAACCCUAGCCAGCUUAUCGGAGGUGAUCUGGUUGAAGGAACCUUCUGGGAAAUCUAUGAUAAGGACAAGCGGCCUUACAGCGACUGUAACAUCAAGGAAAAGGAUCCUCUGACCUUCAUGGAGCUGGAUGCUCUCCCAGAAGACCGUAUUCUGGUUCCUCUAUUCCACCGGCAGUCUCUACCCUCUGCGAAGGGCAGAGGCGUGCAUAAGCGUGAGGCGUUUGCUCUGCCAUUUAUCCUUUCUUUUACUCGGGAGGAGGCCCAGGAUCUGAAGGCCAUUUACCAGAAGAUUCUUCGCUAUGUCUCUACAAUGACCACACGGGACAUACUCAAUGAAUCGGAGUCGGAAGACGACAACGAGAAUGAAGAGGACGACAUGGAUCAGGCCCCCGAGGACUCUGACACGGUUGUAAUGAACGAAGAAGAUGCCCGGUCCGCAGAUUCCGGAAUCAAGACGACCUCUGUCGAAGGUGAAGACAGCAUUGUAGAUAUCUCUAUGCAUGAUGCCUCGCAGACUCCCAGCGCAUCCUCAACAAAGGAUGCAGAUGCAACUGACGAGUCGCCUACCCAUCCCCUGGCCGGUGUGAUCCCACAAGGCCUCCUGGGUCUUUUCGAGAUGAAGAUUCUGAAGGGUUAUAACGAAGGCAAGCUACCCACUGGUCGCUAUAUGUCCGCAUACCAACAGUAUGACUCUAUCUUAUCUCGCUGGGAGACUCAGAACCCUUCCCAAAAGAACUCAAGCGAUUCGGAUGACGAUGAUAGCGAUGCACGCAGCAAUUCCGAUGCAUCUGACCAGCAAAUUAAUGGCAUGACUCGGAAGCCGCUCGUCAAUCCCGGUGAGGGAAUCAUUCUAGACUGGAACGAAGAAGCACACGAUGCGCUCUUCGGCAAGUUCAACAAAAAGGAUUCCCUCCGUGGCGGGUCGACUUUCGAUGAUAUUCCCUUCGUUAUGGACCAGGCGCUUAUGGAGCGCCGUGCCCAGCGCUCUGCUCAGGCUAACAAAGGAGUCAGCUUGGACGAAUGUCUCGACGAGUUCAGCAGGGAGGAGACUCUAUCGGAAGAGGAUGCGUGGUAUUGUCCACGCUGCAAGGAGCAUCGUCAGGCUCGGAAAAAGUUUGAGUUGUGGUCGGCCCCCGAUAUCCUAGUCAUCCACCUUAAGCGUUUCAUGACCCACUCACGCUUCUCACGAGCCAAGCUCAGCACCAAUGUCUUGUUCCCCAUUGAGGGACUUGACUUGUCCGAUCGCAUCUCUGGUCCUGCUAGCGACAAGUCUGCAGUGUAUGACUUGAUCGGUGUUGACAAUCACUCGGGUAGCAUGUCUGGUGGUCACUACACGGCAUUUGCGAAGAACUUCAUCACGGACGACUGGUGCAGCUUCAACGAUUCGUCCGCUUCCGUGUUCCGAGAUGUAACUAAGAUGCAAACGCCACAAGCAUACCUGCUGUUCUACCGCCGUCGUUCUGAUCAGCCUCUAGGCGGCCCUGUUCUUCAAAAGAUUGUGAACAAAUUCAAGAAUGGCGAGGAUCACACCGCUGAAAACUCACGAUCCGGUUCGCCUUCGGGGGAAGGACAGCGCCCCGGCGACUCAUUCCACAAUGGGUCGUCGACCGUCUCAACCGCAGCCGGAGCAGCUCCCCGAGUGGGAGGUGGUGGUUCGGGGGCGGCGAGUCCGGAGACGAAGGAGAGUGAUGACGAAGAUGAAGAGUCACACCACAACCCGCUGGAUGAUAUCUUCUCGGCGCCCUCGUGGUCCUUUGAUCGUGCCGCCACAAGCGGUGGUUUUGGAGCCAUGGAAACUGUUCACCCUGCCUCAGAAAAUGGGGACGGUGAUUUGUUCGGGGACAAUGAAAGCAAUGAGGCUGUCGAUGAUGGAAACUCUGACCUUGAAGAUCGGAUGAAGGAGCUUGACAACUCGGCCCCUGUCUCAGACCACGAAGGCUCUUUCGAGGAUGUCCCACCUCUCCUGGAAGAUGGCUCGGAUGAUGAACUGCCUGUUGUUGAACUGCGUGUUGGCGAGGAUGAGAAGAUGGCCUCUGAUCUUUAG